UUCUAUCUAAUCAAUAUUUAUGAGUGCCGCUCUUUGUUCUGAGAGUUUAGUGUGAUGGCUAUUUCUUAAAGGUUUUUUAAAAUUUAUUUAUUUCAAUGGAGAAAAAACCUGGCGAAUAUGUUUCUACGACUUUAUGGAUGUAACUGAAUUUCAAUGUAAGUAUUGGCUGAUGCUCUACGUUAUGUCUGCGAAUUAGGAAUAUCGGACGAAUGAUUGUGAUUGUUUAAUCACAAAGAUUACCGGAAAACCUCAUGAACUGAGUGACGAGAAGUCAAAUCAAGAUGUGGACUAACUGCGUUUAAUGCAAUCAUCACGUUGAUCUUGGUCUAGAAAAGCGAAACAAUAGAAGAUUACUGCGGGUAUAGAAAAAAGUGGAAAAGAACGCCAGACUAUUUGCUAUCACGUGACCCUGUCUAACAAAAUGGACAUUACAGGAAGCUUGGGGUCGAGGUAGCUGAUGUAGGACUACUAGAGUUUCUACGGUACGCAGUUUGUUAGCUGUUCUGGUGGUGCACUGUAUGUAGGCCCUGUAUUGAGCAUUAUGGUUCAUCCAAGCAUGGUCUGUCGUAGACGACAAGUCUUGCUGCAGUGGUCUGUCCUUACCUUGGGCCUGUUGUCUGUGGUGAAUUCAUUGCCAGAAUGCUUCGAGCCAGACGAAAGAGUCCUGAGCCGAUGGAAGAAUGGCAAUUACUACAAAGGAGCUAUUGAAUCCCUCACGAACACAUUGAACGUGUUAUUCGACACUGGUGUAAGAAGGUCGUACAAUCUAAGGGACGAAGUAAACGUCAUCACGGAUAGAGUACCGGAAGAUAGCGAGCUGACAGUCGGGAGCCGAGUUUUGGUGAAUCGUCCCCGAUCACGUGCCUUCCAGAUCGGUUACAUCCGGGACAUAGUAGGGGGAAGCUACCUUAUUUGGUAUGAAGACGGAGCAUAUGUCUACCAAUACAAGCCCGAUAUCCGAGUGUUUAACAAGUCCAAAGUCUGUGACGAGCCCGCGUACCUCGGCUGCUACCGUGACAAAAUCCCAAGAACCCUUUCGGUCUACAUUCCGACUCAGCCUGCCACCAUCGGCGCAUGCGUGGAUAUGUGUAAAUCGCAGGGUUUUAGUAUAGCGGCUCUAAGGAACUCAAACCUUUGUUUUUGUGGGAUAAGCUACAGCAAAGAGUUCCAGGGCCAAGAGAAUGAGUGCAACACGCCAUGUUACGAUAACAUUUACGAGAUCUGCGGGGGAAAUAGCGCAUUCUCCCAGUAUUGGACGGGUAUCGUUACUACGAGGCCAAAUCUUAAGACAGGCGCUCAUGCGCGCAAACACUGGAUUCCGAGGUACGGAGAGUUGCCGUGGGCCGCCAUCAUGGCAGCCAGUGAAAGAAUGAUAGCCAGCCAGCAGUGGGAGUGGGACCCUUACACUCGAACAUGGCACAAGGCGGAGCUUAUCCCGCCACAGUGGCCUGGGGCUCAGGGUCAACUGCGUACUGUCACGUGGCACGGAUCGCCUGUAACACGGAAUGGGUGGACUUGGAAUGGACGCAACUGGUGGCCCGAUGCAAGGAUGCAGAGAGCUGCGCACCGAGGGGACUCAAGGGGCACAUUAUUGGGAGCAACUAAAGCCCCUCCACCAAAUAUGGUGUAUGACUACAGGAGACGACAGUAUGUGGCGGUUAACCACGUCCAAGCGCAGCCACGCCAAUACAAUACUUGGAGCGCGUCAAGUGGCCUGGUGUCUGAUCGGACACAGAACCAGCCUACUGCAACCUCAAAAAAAAGACCGCUGACGGAAAAUCUUAUAUUGGAGAAGCUUGCUGAUCGGAUGGAUCACGUUAAAUGGAGUCAGCUGGCGCACUUUCCGACAUUCACAGAUGCUGUCCAUCAUCUCCCAGAGGCAUCAACCGAAUUCCGCUACUUGGGCUGUUACGCGGACAAACCCAACCACGACCUGCCAGUCUUCGUCCCUGUCAAACCGCUGACAGUCAAGGCAUGCGCACUCAAGUGCCGCGCGGGCGGUUACUCAGUAGCUGGUGUCCAGUCCUCGUGGAGUUGUUAUUGCGGGAACACAUACAGUAGAUACGGACGCUUGAAAGAAGAUAAGUGCGAUAUGAGAUGCGGGGGAGACAGCAAAGAGAAGUGUGGUGGAGUUAGCACCAAUUCCGUCUAUUUUACAGGUAUUGGAGCUGCAGUCCCGAUUCCACCUAAGGUUCCUGUCUCGAGGAAGACCUCUGCUUCCAAAACACUGGUAAAACAGCUUGCUAUGAUGACGACAAACACAAGCUCUGGAAAACUAACCGUAUUAUAUACGGCAUCCUCAAAACACACCUCUAAGAAUGGAACAACACAACAAGCAGCACAUACAAAUGUUGAAACCAGCUCCAAAAACAAUACAGACACUCUACAUCCCAAAAUGAUACCUAAAAAAGAUAACAAUACUUUGAAACAUGGACACCAAGUGCUUAGAAAAACUAAGAACCACACAAAGACACCACAACAAGCCAAGAAAAAGAGGAUAAAACACACAAAAAGCUCGUCUGCUGAUUCUAGUGAUGACUACGAAGUUGAAUCGAUUAAAGUGAAGGUAAACUUCUCAGAGUUGAAGAAAGCUUUGCAGACAUUUUCACCCGAGAUUCUGAGAAAAGUUAAACACGACUUAGAAAAGAUGGAGCGCGAAAAGAAAUUGGGAGAAAAAGAGAAGAAAAAGAAGGUGAAAGUUCUUCUUGAUGAGACAAUAAGCGUCCAAGAGAAUGCUUUAAAAGAAGAGCUAAAGUUACUGCAGCAAAAAGCCAAUAAAGUAAAGGGGAAAUUACACGAGUUGAAGACAACAAAUGUAAAAUUAGUCAAACCUAAAAAUAUACUUGGAGCUAAAGUGGAACACGACUCAGUGGAAGGGAGACAGAAAGGUAAGGGGAAUACAACCCAUCAGUCUCAUGCAAGCACGUCCUCAGGUGAUGUGAAAGGAUCUAACAAGGUGCACCUGGAACAUGUGACGACAAUCAAGUCGAACGAUAACAAGACGAGUGGGAUAAAUUUAGUAAACAAAUCUCGUAGUCAGGACCCCAGAGUUGAGAAGUCAGGUCCUGAAAUGACAUCUAAACAUGAAGCACCCGUGCGCUCCCACAAUGCAUCUGUCCUUCAUAAUAGGAACUCAGCCAUGAAGAACGUUCAUCACCUCCAACCACAGAAGACCAAGGUCGUGAAAUCUACUGGUGGAUCUGUACAAAAUACUAAGAAGACUACCAAAAUGGUUAAAGGUGCUACUCUAAAAAGGAAAAGGCCUGGAAUUAAAGCUUUGAGUAAACAAACACCCGAGAAGCAUUUGAAAUCUGGAAAGAAAGUUGAAAAGUCCAUAAGUCCAUCUUUACAGUUGUUGAGUCUCAGGAAAAAUGGUGCCAAGAGGCCAUUAACUGUAAAACCAAUAGCUAGACUCAGCCCGCAAAGCAUCAAGGCUAAAACGAUUGAAAAGAUCUCACAGCAUAACAGAAACAAAAAUGCCAAAAAGCCACGACUUAAACAACAACAGAGUAAAGAUAAAGCAUCGAAGGGGCAAGUUCUGCACAAAGAUAAAAUAUCAAAUUCAAAUACAAACAAUUUAUCAAGGCUUCCUUCUCAGAUUAAAGCUAUGAGAGAGAAUAAAGCUUCAAAUAGUUUAUCCAAACAGAUUUUGGACAACAGGGUACGCAAGUUUGAUGAGAAAGUUAAGCCCAUUCAUCAUGAUAGACUUGUAAACGUUUCCAGUACCGACAUAAAAGACCACGCUGUCGAAAAGGAAACGAGAGGAAAAGUGGAUAGCGAGAAAGAAGUAGGUAAAUCCAAUCAUGAUGACGCAAAGCCUAAAGUGAUACCGAAAGAGAAGAAAAAGAACGGCAACGGGACAACUACUAUGAAAGAAGCAUCGGAGGGUGUUAGCAACAAACAUGUUCCACAUUCUAGAGAGCCAACAAAAAAUAUAGAUACAAGUAAACAUGAUCCAGACCUAUCUAGUAAAGGUUCUACGUCGAAAAACAAAAUUUCUUCAGUACGAAAUGGCGAUCAUGAUAGACUAGUAAACGUUUCCAAUACCGACAUAAAAGACCACACUGUCGAAAAGGGAACGAGAGGAAAAGUGGAUAGCGAGAAAGAAGUAGGUAAAUCCAAUCAUGAUGACGCAAAGACUAAAGUGAUACCAAAAGAGAAGAAAAAGAACGGCAACGGGACAACUACUAUGAAAGAAGCAUCGGAGGGUGUUAGCAACAAACAUGUUCCACAUUCUAUAGAGCCAACAAAGAAUAUAAACACAAGUAAAAAUGAUCCAGACCUAUCUAGUAAAGGUUCUACGUCGAAAAACAAAAUUUCUUCAGUACGGAAUGGCGAUCAUGAUAGACUUGUAAACGUUUCCAGUACCGACAUAAAAGACCACGCUGUCGAAAAGGAAACGAGAAGAAAAGUUGAUAGCGAGAAAGAAGUAGGUAAAGCCAAUCAUGAUGACGCAAAGCCUAAAGUGAUACCAAAAGAGAAGAAAAAGAACGGCAACGGGACAACUAUGAAAGAAGCAUCGGAUGAUGUUAGCAACAAACAUGUUCCACAUUCUAUAGAGCCAACAAAGAAUAUAAACACAAGUAAAAAUGAUCCAGACCUAUCUACUAAAGGUUCUACGACGAAAAACAAAGUUUCUUUAUUACCAAAUGUCGACACAGAUCCUAAUAAAGAUGGAUCUGAGCUCCCUGCGGAUGAUGCUAGCCUAACUGAAAACCCUCGAGUCUCGGAGGACUUUCCUGAGAACAAGUCAGAGUUACCCAACAUAAACCCUGAUGACAUUAAGGCCCCGCAAGACGAUAAAGAUUUUCCUAAGGACACACCUGAGCCGACUGAUGAUAAUUCUAUAUCAUCAAAUGAUGAGUCAAUGUUGCCUAAAGACGAUUUAGACUUCUCCAGAGACAAGGACUCAGACUCAAUUAGUGACAGCCCUAAGGUCUUACCAGAUGGUAUAAGUAAACCUGAUAAGGUAGAGCAAAUGGUUUCCGAUGACAACGGAGCAUCGGCCUCUGGAAAAACCGUAAGUGACCAUAGCAUGGAAAAGAUCAAAGGUGUCAAUUCGGGAGAGGGGGGAGAUGGUAAUAAAGGUAAAGGUCCAGUGAAAAUGCCCAAGAGCCCUACAAAUGGUGUAAAGGCCAGUAAAGAUUUGAGUAAAGGUGAAGAUCUUUGGAAGAAACCAGAUGGCUCUGGUUCUUUGCCAAGCAGCGCGCUAACAGCGGAGGAUAUUCAACGAGUAAGAAACCUGAUGCUACAUGGGUCAGGGAUGAUAGAAGUGGACUCAAAAGAUGAUGACACGAGUUAUAUGUACUUUCCAGAGCCAGGAGAUCCCGCUAAACCUGGGCCAGACUUAAACGCUUCUUCACUAUUAAAGGAACCGUCACUAGCCAAGGUCUCCUUACUUGACAAAGAGCCAUCACUCCAAAAAGACUCAUCACUUGUAAAGGGGUCAUUACCCGCAAAUGACUCGUCACUCGACAAAGACUCGUCACUCGUUAUAGAAUCAACAUUAGCGAAGGACUCGUUAUUCUCAAAUAACUCUCCAGUUUUUGAAGACUCCUUGGUACAAAAGGACUCUUCACUUAGUAACAUAGCUCAACAAAACCUGGUGCAUGCUUUAAAUGAUAUGGACAACACAACCCAGCUUAACACAAGUGGUAUCAAAUUGAAUGGCUCUAAGACCCUUAAUAAUGGUAUCCUCAGAAAACUUUCAAACGAAGUGCAAGUCGUCCCGUCUAAUGUUUUAAAACCCGAAAACUCAUUUUCAGGUCAAACUGCGCUUAACAGCUCUCUUCCUUCGGCUUCCUUGAUUUCAACAACAAUUGGUGUCAAUCUACCAGGAAAACAAAGUCAUCUUGACCAUUCAUCGAAUGCAAUCGAGAGGCGGUCCGGUAUACCGAAACAAAACAUGGGUCAUGCGCAUGAUAGUGUUUUGAAGGGUGGCAUGCGUACGCACAUGCUACUGACGGAAGUGGUUGACAGAUCACCAAGGAAACUCCCGCCAAAAUUCGAAAUGACGCCAAAAGACAAGCAGCACAAAGCACACAGUAAAUGGGACAUCAUAGCGAGUUACCGGAAAUCUGCGGCAGUAUCUAAUAACGAUAUCACAACUAGAGGUAUUGCUCCUGUAAACAAAGUUGGGAGCCACAGAAAAACUAAGGGAAAUAAAUAUCAUAGUAUAUCUGAACGCAGGCUAGGAAAGCCACACAUUGGAAGAAAAACUCUAGCGGUUAAAAAAAUUGACAAAGAUGAUGAUAAUGAUGAUGGGACCGAUGAGGUUGUCAAGCAAACAUUUGAUGACUACGGAUCCAGGAAUGAGGUUGUAUGGCACGGCAACCGAAUCCAGGAGCGUUCUAGUGAGGCGGAAGAAAGUUGGUAGUGUGUUAUUUUGUGAUAUGUAUCAUCAAAAUACACUCCUUACGACUUGUGGCGGAAGAGCUUCUAUAAAGGUACAAAAUCUUCAUUUCUAGCCCCCUUUAAAGAACAAGAAAUGCAAGGACAGAAAAGACAGAAAUGAAAUGUUCUCUAGUGGCCACAAGGGAACCAUGCCCUCGGGAAAACAAGUUGCCUUGCUUGUUUUACUUUUAACAAUCCUACGAAAGACGGAUUUCUGGGAGAACGCUAGGGGCAAAAGAAGAUGACGGUUCUCCAAGGAGGCAUGAUGAAAGGUCGUCUAACGAUUACAGCGCGAAAGAGAGUCAUGUUAUUCUCCUUGAAUUAACAGACGCCUAAAUUGUAUAAAACCGGUCAGAAGAGACGUUUAAAACUAGCUUCAUCUUUGGAAUGGAUGAAACAAUACACUUUUUCAGUGGAACCUCUAAAGGACACCGUUAGGACCAUGGCCUAAUGGACCUAUUGCCGAAAAUCAAAAUUUUGGAAAAAUUCCGCUGUUCACGGAAUAUUAUUUUCUUUAUGGAGGUCCGCUGCACUGUACAACAAAACAACAAAUUUUUUCUGCUAAACUUUUCUUCUCACAUGCAUAAAUUACAAACAAACAAAAAUCUCGACUAUUAUACUUAUAAUAUCAUGUUGCUUUAUCCCGAUACAAAUACACACUGCUGCAAAAA